CGAGUCGAUAAACCGGGCCAGAAGGCGCAACUGCAACAUGGUGGACGGCGAGUCCCGUCCUCGGUCUUCGGCCGCGAGGCACCGUUGACUCCCGGCCAUCUUCGGGGCUUCGUCUCGUUCGUGGACGCGACGAGGGCGGAUCGAAGGGAAAGAGGAUGCCGGAUGGCCGACCGAAUCGCCGCUUUCCCCGUUUCCCGUUUCAGAGGCAUCGCGAUGCGCCUCAAGGACGCCGUGGUCUCCGUUCCCCUGCAUCCCGGAUUGAACAACAAUCAGCUGCAAAGGGGGAGCCUCGGGCCUGAAGAGAUCGUCAACAGCAACGACACCUCCGCGACGUUCGGCCCGCAGGAGGCAGGAAACGUCGACUGGUCUUCGGCGAACGUCGAGACCGUGGAGAACUCGAAGACCGAGAACUGCCGCAACGUCAACGACAACAACAACCUUACCGCCUCCAGACUUUACCGGAGCAGCUCCGCGGAGAGUCUCGCCGACUUCGAGGGUGACCCUCCUCUCUUUCUCUUUUUCUCUUUUUCUCUUUUUCUCUUUUUCUCUCUUCUUCUCGACCCGAUCCGGCUCUCGAACUCCCGGGAAAGGAGACUUCCGCGGCCCCGACCCGCGGGCGUCCGGGCGGAGUGGAGGGAGGGAUCGGUCCGAGUGACUCAUUCGUCGGAUGUUGACCACGUGCGUCCGGUGUUCUCAGGGCGUAACUCCGCCGGCUCGUCCUCUCGCGAGCUCACGCCCUCGGAGUGGUCGGACUGGUCGGAGGAGGGCAACCUGCCGUCGGGGUGCCGCGGCAUCGUCAACCCCAACUACCCCGGCUUCCAGCACCUGGCGCCCUCGCUCUUCUCCGACAAGGACUCGACGGAGGACGAGCAGGAGGCUGGCUCCACCUCGGCCGAGACCGGGGCCGAGACCGGGGCCGAGACCGGGGCCGAGCUCGAGGCGGACGCCGACUCCGCCGAAAGCGUCAACCACCUCGAGGGCCAGAACUCCGAACGGAAGCCCUUCUACGAGAAGCUCAAGUUCAACAUACAGACGGUGACCGCCCUGUACGAGUCGGUCCUCCCGACGUCGGAGAAGUGCAUAAACUACGUCAAGAGCGUCCAAGUCAGCAGGUCCGAGGAGAACCUUUCUCCGGAGCCCGAAGGCGUCGAGGAGGAAACCACCACCUUGUCGCCCUCGAGUCCCCGGAAGGAGGCCGAUCAUCUCCGAGGAAAGGAGAAGCUCCGCGUCCCGAAUCGCGACGUCGACCGUCGUCCCGCGAAUCUUCCGGACGAGGUGGAGGUCCUGGAGCUCUCCACCUCCGUUAAGGAAACUCUGCAAUUCCCCGAAAUCGAGGAGAUCCUCGACUCCGGGAAGACCAGCGAAGUCGGAGACCCGGAGGAGAGUCCGGUGGAGCACAUCGAUCUCAUCCGCGAGGCAAAGGAGCUGCCUUUGCCGCCCGAGUCCAAGAUAGGCAACCGAGUCGGGGUCCGGAUCCAAGCUCCGAAAACGACCGACGAGGUCGAACCCGGCCCCAAGUCGGAGGGCGAUUCCGAGGAACCCGCACCCUACGUUAAACUCGAAGAGAUCGACCUCCUGUCUUCCAUCGGCAGAGACAUCGGAGUCGACCUGGAGAAAUACGUUCAACCGGUUCCCGACGUAGUGGCCAUGGAGGCCAUGGACGCGCGUCCCCAGGUCCCGAAAGACGUCACGAGGGAGGACAGGGAGGACACGAACAAGCUGCUGGACCGAGAUCUCCCCGAAGCGAGCUCCGCGGAUUGUCGGAAGAAGGAAAAGAUGGCCAGAAAUCAGGCCAGGAGGCGGCAACAAUCGUACUCCGUAGUUCCGCAGAGGCGUCCGGAUAAGCGCAGGGCGGACGCCGACAACACCGCAGGUAAAGUCAUAUUCGGUAAAGCGUUGCAUCUUCGACGGCGUUACAUCGGACGCGCCUCCUUUGCAGGCGGCUUCGACGUUUACAACAUCGAGACGGCGAUGCCGAAGAUCGACCUGGACGCCAUCGAGUCGCAUCUGAGGGCAGCUCGAGAAGAGGAGCGCAGGCGUCGAAAUGACCGAGAGGAGAUCCGGAGGAGGCUGGCCAUGGGUCCGGAUGCCGAGGACCUGCGGGCCGAGCGAGGAAGGAAGCCCAGUCUGCAGACUCGUCUUCAGAGCGGUAUGAAUCUGCAAAUCUGCUUCAUGAACGAGACACCUUCGGACACGGAAUCCCAGGUAUCGGAGAGCGACUCGUCCCCGGGGCAGACCCCGUCUUCGGGGACGAAGCUGUCUCAGCCCUCGAGGCCCCAGGUCCUCGUCUUGCCACCUCUGAGGCUGGAAACGGACUCUUCGGCUCCCGUGGACGAGGCGGAUUUCUUCGCUCGUCAGGCCAGGCUGCAAACCGAGGCCAGGAUGGCCCUGGCCCAGGCCAAGGAGAUGGCCCACAUGCAGAUGGAAGUCGAACGGCAGAGGCUCAAGCAAAGCCCCAUCACCGAGAUGGUUCGGUCCAGCUUGGAAAAGGUUGGAGUUCAACUCGGGGACGAGCGACGUAGAUUAUCGAGGGUUCUCUUGACGGAGCUUAACGUGGCGCAACUUCAAAUAGUGGCCAACGAUCUUCACGCUAGGAUCGCAUCGUUAAACGAAGCUCUGGUAGAAGGUCUACUCAGACGAGAUGAUCUUCACAUGGAACAGGACUCCAUGCUGGUGGACGUCGAGGACCUUACGCGAUAUCUAGGUGCCAAGCAGGAGUCCCUGAAGAGGCAGGGUCUGGCCGCUCGGGGUGACAAUCAGCCGCAACCCUCGAGUCGUCGCGUGCAGAUGCAGACACGGAAGCAGAACCCGCCUCCCCAGGGCCAGAUGAAGAUGUCCAAGCCAAAGAUCAUGAACCGCGGCCUGAUAGGCUUUGUCAGAAAAUAAUCAUUCGCCUCGAGACUGCGCGGUCUCGUCGGAAAGCUGGCGAUCAGCUCGGAAAUCAUUUAUGCCCAUUACGAUCCGCGGCGUUAGCUUCUGGUUAUUCGGCGCACGUUCCUCGGUGGGCAAAUUCUCGGAAGAAGAAAUAAAGUUACCGAGGGUACUACGAAAAGGAGAUACGUAAACUCGAAGGAGCUCGUAGUUUUGCGGUAGCGUUUGUGUACGAGGAGUCGGUCAAAAAGUAAUGGCAAUUUGUACGUAAUGUUAACGCUUGCAAAUUGCCCACUUCGAGACUCACCCUCGUCUACAUAAAUAUUCAGAGAAAUUCAUAGACUAUACAUUGUACCGUAUGAACUCAAACAAAAAAUACAAAAAGUCGAACGAAAGGGGACGAAAUGGGCGCCGCUCGCAAUUGCAUAAUGGUUAAUAUUUAUCAAGUUUUUAUAUGCAUAACGUAUCGGUCUCCACGAGCUGCGGGACGAGCGAUACGACUCUCCAAUCCGUCAAUCCCCAAAAAGCCGACCACGAAUAAUCGCGGUAUAUAGAUUCUUGAUUUUCCUGAAUAUUUAACGGAAGGAACUACGCUAUAAUAUACGUUCCAAUUCAGCAAUUUCAAGUAGUUUCGUCCACCGCUCCGUACUUUUCAUUACCAGAUUUGCAACCGUCCGAUGCAAUUGCCGAUACGGAGAAGCUGGCUCGAUCGAAAGGAGUCCAAACGUGGAAGACUCGAGAGCUCGCGUUCUGACCUGGGAAACACGCGGAAUCGAAUGAUCGCUGAUUUUAGGCGGAAUUUUAGGCGGAAUUUUAGGCAGCUCGAGUAAGGUACCCUGCAUUCUUACGGGACCCCGUAGCCCCGGUUUUAUCACGCCGUACAUGUGUUUAUCGAUCGAUAUCGCCUCUAACUAGCGUAGCGAGGACAUAGAACAAUAAGCAUUUUUAAGCGUUACACCUUAAACCAAGAGACGAGAAGGAUCGGCGCGAACAAUUCCCAUGCAACGCUAGACAACUAGUUACGAUAGGUUUGCAAAAUUGCCCUCCCGUGCUUGCGAUCGAAUGCCGAAUCGCAGUAAUUUUGCAAACGUAUAGUGCAACGACUAUAGCCUCCAUGUCCAUGAGCGAUAUUGAAAGCUGAAAUUUUCCUGCAUCGUUGUGUCCACGGCGUAGCAAUUGUGCCGCGACAUUUCCACAUAUAUCUCGAGUCGUAAGCGACCGCGAUCUAAGGAGAUGCAACUCCUAACCGCGGUAUAACGUUUUUACCUAUUGUUGUUAUUAACAAUUGUCAAGGCGAUUCCCUGCGAGUGAUCCACGUUGGUUAAAAUCGCCCGAGGAAUUAACGCGGAGUAAGCGUAACCACCGAAAGACCGGUGUAAGAUUUACGCCUCGUCAAACGUUUUCAUUUCAAUGACGUCGCGAGCUCGAGCGUUUUUUAAUUACACUGGACACUCGCUUAAAGGGCAUCGAAGGAAAUGCGACGUAAUUCGUACGCAAAUCGAAAGGACGAGGAACAGUCGAGGUUUCGAAUUAAAGAAAGGAAUUCUGAACCUGAAGCUUCAGGGAGAAUCGCUCGAUGCGAUGCGGAAUAAUUUCCUGAACGUCUACGCGCAGGAUCCAGA